AUGUUGGAUGAUAAACAUUUGGAAAAAUUGAGGAUUGUAAUGUUUGGAGGCAUUGCUUCUUCUAUCACAAAAACACUCUAUGCCCCGAUAGAAAGAUUAAAAAUUGAACUACAAACAUGUAGACAUUUGAGGAGGCAAAUCAGAAAUCAAGCUGCUGCAUCGGAAAUCAUUACCUAUGCACUCAUUGGUAGCUCGACAGUUUCUAUGGAUGUUGCAAAAUUGGUGAGGACCAAGGGAAUUGUUGGAUAUAUGAAACAUGUGGCAGAAAAUGAGGGUUGGACAAGUCUUUUCAGAGGAAAUGGAUUGAAUAUAACUAGAGUAAUACCAACAAGACAUCUCAGUACUCACAUUUUCACAAGCUCACAAGUUUUGUCAAAGCUUCCAGAAUAUGAAAAGGAUUUUUUAAUAGUGUUCACAUCAGCCUUAAUGAGUGGUAUCAAUUUGACAGUAUUUGCCUAUCCACUCGAUCUUGUUCGUACCAGAUUGACUGUUAUCAAGUAUUACAGCAAGUACCACGUAAAAUCAUCCUACUUUCCGUACUUUGGAAGUGCCUAUCGGUGCGUGAGAGAAUUGUUGAAACAUGAAGGGAUGUUUGCUUUAUGGAAAGGAAUGGGAGCCUCAAUGGUUGGUAUUGUCCCCUAUGUGACGUGCUCAAUAACGACUUAUGAGUUAUUGAAAAAAAACACCCACAGUAGGAUUGAGGAGCUCAAUGGAGGGCAAAUUGAAAAAGGAAGUUUAUUGGACCACAGUCUCAAGCUCAGUUACGGAACUAUUAGCUCUUUUCUAGGGAAGACAUUGUCUUAUCCUGCUGACACAGUAAGGAGACGAAGACAAUUGAUGGGUACAAUGCCUUCAGUUAUUGACUCUGCUGUUAUAUCUCAUUCUGAUAUUCAUGACAGAAGUUUACCAAAACCCAAUCUUAUCAAAUUGGAGGCUGACGAAUUUUCAAGUGGAAUAACAAGAUAUGGCAGUACCUCUAUCAAGACGGAAGGAAGUGCGUCAACAAGUGCCUUAGAACCACUCUUUACUCAGAAAGGACAACCAAUGUACAAGAAUACUAUGCAUGCUUUCAAGAGAAUCAUUCAAGAGGAAGGAAUGGCUGCCCUAUUCAGAGGAUGGCGAUUGAAUGCCCUAAGGGUGUUUCCAGGUCAUGCCAUUCAUUUUGUUCUUUAUGAAGAGCUUAAACGAAUGUUUGGCUAUGAUAAAACUCUCAUAACAGAUGAUGAAGAUGAUGAUGAUGACGAUGAUCUUUGA